GAACCAUCAGUACAGUAAACUAUUAAUUUCAAGAAAACCUAAAAUUUAGGCGCAAUUUCUCGGUGCACCUCUUGGCUUGCGCUUUGCCCCGCCUUCAGUUCUUCUGUCUGUGCGUCUGCCUGCCAAGCUGUGGCCUACGACGGGAUUUCGUUUCAAGUAAUUAGGUUGAAGAAUUGCAUUUAAGAAGUGAAAUGAUAAAGGUCGAAUGAUUUUAUGGUGAUAAUGGAGUCUGCAGGGUUAAAUUGUAUGUUCCAUGAAGAGAACAAUGCCAGGGAUUGAGCCGAUUGAUGUUAUAUCAUCAGAUGAAUCUUCUUCCUUAGAUGGAGAUACGAAGAUUAAUGAUGGAGCUGAUGCGCAGCAACUGUCUCUUGAUAGUACACUUGGUCAACCUAUAAAGGAAAUGACAUUCGAGGGUGGAGUGAUCAGAAGAGCAGAAAUGUAUCAAGAAUAUAUGAGGCAGCUCCCUAUCCCAGCAUGUCGUGGCUCUCUCAUUCCAUUUUCAUCAUGGGUGGGGUUAGGCCAAUCAAUUAAGCAAUUAUAUGGCCAACCCUUGCAUUACCUCACUAACGUUCUUCUAAGGCAGUGGGAUCAUCUGAGAAUGGGCGGUGAGGAUGAACAAAAGCCCUUGGAUAUCGUGAUUCAUCCUUCUAAGGCUGAAGCCACCAUUUGGCUGGUUGAAGAAGUCCACAGGCGUACCUCAUCUCCCCAUCAUGUAGCUAAACUCUGGCUGUUGGACCCAAUGUACCGCCGUUUUAUCGACUCCAUUUUCCCACAACUUUGACGCAGUAUUCCGAUGCUCAACCCCCCUUCCCCCCUUCUCCGCAAAAGAAAAAAAGGUAUGGGUUUGGAAAUGUAGAAUCAGUAUCAGGAACAAUUUGAAACUCUUUGAUGGUUGGAAGUCUUGCUCAGAUGGUUGUGGUUAAUGUAGAAAAACAUUGAUGUUUUGGAAUCAGGAGGUCAUUGUAUUUAUAAGUUUAAUUGACAUGUUAAAUUUGUGAUUAAUGAUUUCUAAUUAGAGUAGAAUAUCUAUUUCUCAA